AUGCCACCGCCGAGGCGGAAAGGUCCACGUGGUGGCACCAGAGACAUAAAACGCGGCGUGGACUUUGAGGGGUUUUACGCCGGGGUUUACGGCACACGGUGGCCUGCGCUUCGGAAGGCAUUGACGGCGGCGGCCCCGCAGAAGGUGGUGCUGUGGAACCGCUUUUGUCAGUUACCCUUUGAGCAGGUAAUGGCCAACAUGAAGCGCGUAGACGACGCGUCACUGCUGCAGGUGUUUCGGAGCCAAGAUGCAUGUGAGGUGGCGCCACCCGUCAGUGACGAGUUCAAUGUGAAGGCGUACUACUUGCUCGAUUACGCCUCGACGCUGGUGGUGGAGCAGUUGGAGGUCAAUGCCUUUGAUCACGUGCUUGACAUGUGCGCAGCCCUUGGCGGGAAGUCGAUUGGAAUUGCGCAGUUUCUCUCCGCCGACGGGACACUGACGGCAAACGAGCCGCAGUAUGACCGUUGCGCCCGACUACGACGCAGCAUUCGGGAGUACGUUCCGUCGAAUUACGUGCCUGUGAUCAUUACCCAACGCAGUACCGAGGUGUGGUAUGCGCCGUCAAUGUACCACCGCGUGCUCGUUGAUGCCCCGUGUUCUGCUGAGCGGAAUCUCCUGCAGCGCGCCGGCGCUGCCCCCGUCAGUUCCAAAGUCUGGACGGAACAGAGCUCGCUGGAGCUGCGCCGCAGACAAUGCGUGACACUGCUGCGAGCCGUGGAGACCUGUCGCCCUGGUGGCCGUGUCGUGUACAGCACCUGUUCCAUUUCCCCCUUGGAGAAUGACGGUGUUGUGGAGGAAGUGCUGCGGCGAACCCGUUGCCAGGUGGAGGUGCAGGCACCGACGCUGCGCAGUAUCGGUGAGAAGACGCGCUACGGCCAUAUUGUGCUCCCGGACACUGCUGGGGGGUUGGGCCCGAUGUUUUGUUGCGUGAUUCACAAAGUAUCUGACAGGCGCGAGGAAAGCGACAGCGAUGACGAGGAGGACAACAACUGUGAGAGUGACAACAACGAGGAUUAA